UGUGCAUAGUCUUGCAUUCGUGUGUGUGAGGCGAGUCGGCUUCGGCUGGCGCUCGGAGGCCUCGGGCCAGUGGCUUAUGGUAUUGUAUACACGGGCUCGACGUACGUCUAACAGUUUGCCGUUGAUGCUUGAUGGCUCGACGACUGUAUGUCCCGCGUUCCUUCAUAUCGUCACGGUUGUGCGAGUCGGUUCUGUUUUUUUGACUACCUCCUCCUUAUCGGCUCGUAAUUGUUAUCGUCGUCAUCGUCAUCGUCAUCGCCAUCGUCAUCGUCAAAGUCGCGCGUAAACACGAUCAAGGAGGACUCACGCGCUACUUUAUUCUUAUUCUGAAUGCAUUCGUAUCCGAGAAGUAGUUCGUUACGGAAAAUCAGUUGCGACGGUGGAUCGCCGAGCGACUACCCUCAUAAAAGUGAGGUUAUGUAAUUGUUUUUCCGUACUUGAAGAAAUAGAGAAAGAGGUGGUGGAGAAAGUGACGAAGAAGGCGGGUCAGUGGUGAGGAAAAACAACAACCCUUGUGACUCAUUACCGGCCUUCUCUCGAUCGGCGUCUCAAUGACAAGGACAAGGAUGUGUUGGCAAGCUCUCUCUUGGAGUCCUGGUCGAGCAGAGUGAGAUGAGAAUAGGAUGCCAGCGGGCCGCUGCAGGAGGUGGCGACGAAGGGAGGACGUGGAAAGGACGUGCGUCAGCGGAACAACUAUCCAACUGAACUGGCUUACUCUGCAGUGGAUUUCGGAGGCUGUAUGGAGGCAGGGGGGCUUCUGCCCCGCCAGCCCCAGCAAGGCCCCCCUGGCUCCAUCCCCGGUGCACCCGGACAGCUCCAGCCCAGGGCCAACCUUAACUUAGGCUUGCAGCAGCAACAGCAGCAGCAGCAGCAACAGCAGCAGCAGCAGCAUCAGCAUCAGCAGCACCAACAGCAGCAUCAGCACCAGCAACAGCAACAGCAGCAGCAGCCGGCCAAUAAUCAGAGCCAAUUGCACCAGGACCUGGGUGCGCUCUGCCAACAGCAGCAGCAGCACCACCAGCUCCACUUGCAACAGCAGCAACAGUUGCAGCAAAUGGGUCAGGCACCCGGAAUGGGAGAGGUUUUGCCGCCGAAACGACAGGCGGUAGUCGAUCGGUUGCGGCGUAGAAUCGAACUUUACAGGCGUAGACAAACGGACCUCGUGCCCAAAUUUGACCAGACCUUCCACGGCUUCUGCGAGCAGAACAUCCAGGACACGCUCGUGCUGAAACAGCGCUUCCUGGACAGCAAGGCCAAACGGCAGGCAAAGAAGACCGACAAAAAGCAGAAUGACAGCCUUGGAGGGCUGUCGAGCAUUCAUGUGCAGCAAAAAUUCCUUAAGCGGACAGCUGAGGAGUUGGAGUCGUCUGGCGGUGGUAGCAAUGACGGAGGUUUUGGCGAGCCCUCGGUUAAGUUGCAGUGCACACAGUCCUUGAGCGCGAGUGUUCCCCACCAUGGUCAUGCCCAGCAUCAGUCCGGUAACGCUGCAUCCAAUCCUGGGUCGAAUAACAACGCCGGGGGGCCCGCACCCGGACCCCAGUCCCAACCACCACCUGGCCACCAAGGUGGAGCUGGAAAUGGUGGUGGUGGCACAACAGAGGGACUUACGAAAUUCUCGGUGGAGAUUGUGCAGCAACUCGAGUUCACUACCUCGGCUGCGAACUCACAAGCCCAGCAAAUUUCGACGAACGUGACGGUAAAGGCAUUGACGAAUGCCUCGGUUAAGAGUGACCUAGUGAAUGCUUCAGCCUCGCCCAAAAACGAGCCAAAAGUUGCAACGAACGGAGCGACGACCGCACCAACGAGCGUCCCGACAGCUCCUGCACCAACCUCGAACCCCGCUGAUAUGAUAAGCAGCCUCGUCGAGUGCAAACAGGAACCAGACAAUGAUUUUGACCUUGAGCAGUGUGCAGCAGCCCUUGAGAAAGAUCCCUGUUUUCCGGGAUUCGUCGUCGAUUUCAUGGGUGAUGAGGCAGCUGAUGAUGACGCAUUCAAAGACCUUAUAUCCGAAAUAUCGGACUUCCAUCCCCAGAUGGAUUUUAUCAAGGAUCUCGACUUUGAGGAGAAGGCCCUCGAUGGUCCUGGCAAUGGUCAUAUCAAACUCGAAGACGACAAAGAGCAGGUACAUGCAGCUCUUCAUGCUCAACAGCAACAGCAGCAGCAACAACAACAGCAACAGCAGCAGCAGCAACAACAAGGCCCUCUGGGUACACAAUAUUCACCGGCGGCACGAUUGCCUUACUCGGGACUUGACUUCAAAUCAGAGAUGAGUCCAGCGGCCCAGACUCUUAAACAAAUGGCCGAGCAACAUCAGCACAAAAGCCAGCAAUUGGGUAUAACUGGAUUCAGUCCCGCGGCGGUUCGGGGUCCAAGUGCGCGUUCGCCUUAUGCGGAAUUCGGUCAGUUCGGCGGCGGGCCACCGGACUACCUGGGCAGCCCCGGGCAGCCUGGCGGCGGCUUCCACAAGAGUAACGGUGCGGGUCCGGUACCAGGCCCCGUACCUUUCCAGACUCAGCAGCCAGAUAUGUUUGUACAGCAGCCACAGUUUGACAUGGGCAAGAGGCCGGUUCCGCCCCAACAGACGGCCCCGGGGCCCCAAAAGUCGGGGACAAUUUUGGGACCGGCGGGUCCGGGUUACAAACAGCAGUACUCGCCUUACGGUAGUCCAGGUUCGAUGCCAAAUCAUGGCAGCCCGGGCUACCCCUUGCCACCUAGGAUCUCGCAGGCCCAGAGUGCCGGACAGAACCCGGGCCCUCAAGGAAGUUUCAGCAACUCGACUCCUCCAAGGCCACCUUCGGGUUCCGGCACCUCAACCAUACAGAUCAAUCAGGCGCAACAGCUGCAUAUCAGUAAUCCCACUCACCAGAUUCAGGUGUCCGCGGGCCAGCACAUGCAGCUGACAAGCGACUUAAAACCCGGCAACGUCACCGUAGCUGCCCAGCAGGGUAUGUACUUCAGCCAGCAGCAGCAGCAGCAACAGCAGCAGCAACAGCAGCAACAGCAGCAGCAGCAGCAACAGCAACAACAGCAACAGGGUGUUUCCGUAGGGCCUAACGAGGCCUACUGCACGGUCUCGCAAUCUCAAACGAUAAACUUUACCCAGCAAAGCCUAAGGCAGCGAGCCGCGGCUGGACCUGGGGCCGGCGGGGCGGUACCCCCGCAGCAGCAGCAGCAGCAGCAGCCCCCACCGUCGGCCCCGCCGCCGACGACGCAACGCCCCCAUCCAGGGCAGCAGCAGGCCGCUGCCCAGGCCGCUGCCCAGGCCGCCCAACAGCAGCAGCAGCAGGUGCCGAAUACCCAAGUGUCCGAGCAGCAUGCCAAGCUACUCCAGCAGCAGCAGAUGCUACGUGCCCAGCAGCAGCAUCAGCAGCAGCAACACAUGUCGGCAAGUAUGGGGGGCGGAAUCGUAAGGCCUCCGCCACCGGAGUAUAAAGCGGCCCAGGCACAGCUAAUGCACGCAGGCAUCGGCAUGAGUCAGCAGUCAAGGUUCGCUAAUGCGGCGACGAUGCGACGAGUUACCCAGCAGCCAAUGCCUCCAUCGGGUCCGAUGAUGAGACCUCAAAUUGCCCAGCAAACGGCGAUGCACGCUACUACCAAUCCAAUGUACAUGGGUGGCGGUGGAGUCGGAGCGGUUGGUGGCGUUGGGAGCGUCGGAGGCGUGGGAGCGGUCGGUGUUGGACUCGCUCCGGGUCCUAAUGCGGUUGCGGGUGGCGGUAUGAGCGCAAUCGGAGGUAUGCAUCAGAUGCAACAGAGGCUGGGAUAUCCAAGGACGAAUAACCAACGGCCGCCGAACAUCAACAUCGGACCACCGGAUACUCUCGGCAACGGUAUCGCCUCUCGCGGAAAUACCCAAAACUGGCAGCAUAUUUUCAUGCAGCAACAGCAGCAACAACACCAUCAAGGCGGCUUUGGAAUGGGUGGUGGAGGUGGGAUUCAAAUGAGCGCGGCACAAAUGCAGCAUCAACAAUUGUUGCGUUCCCAAGGUGGUGGAGUAAUGACUGGUGCCGGGAUGACAAAUGCUGCAUUACAGCAACAAAUUGUCGUGUCGCAACAGCAACAACAACACCAGCAGCAACAGCAAGCUAAUAAUCAAAUGGGAAUGCAAUUGCAAAUGUCGCAAACACAAUCCGUUAGUACGGUUGUCGUUGCUUCGGGUGCUGGAACUGGUACUCCGAUGCACCCCCACCAACAGUACGGCACGGGUAAUCCAAGUGCGCGCGGCGCAUUACAGACGCAGGUUCAACCGCCUCCGCAACCGCAACAACAACAGCAGCAAACGGAUUCGUCGGUCAAUGCCACUGACCUAGGUUUCGACUUUUUGGACAAUCUGCAAUCGGGCGACGCAUCAAAUUUCAAUCCCCAAGAACUCCUCAACUCUCUUGAUUCUGGCUUUAAUCUUGACUCGAUUCUGUAAAGGGCAAUGUUGAGUGAGGCCUCCGUUACCUAGCUCCCGCGCAAGUUCAAGUAUGCACAUACAGAAAGAGAGAGAGAGAGAGAGAGAGAGAGGCGAAUUCAUGCAAGGAUAAUGCAAAGACGGGGGGACCUAUACAAACUGCGACUGCGAACCGCUGACAGCAAAAUACGGACUAUUUACAAUGAUUGUUAUAUCCGAUUGUAGUCAACUAUACAUAUAUUCAUGAUAAUGAGAAUAAUUUGUAUAAUCUUGAUCCACAUAUCUAAGAGGUUGGGGCACGUCUGCAUCCAUGCAGGAGAUGAAAAUGCGAACGUGUUUGCCAU